CAAAGAACAAAAUAGUUUGAGAACACAGCAAGCCAACAACGACGCUUUUUAAAACAAGAUAUUCAAAAUAAGAGAAACAAGGAAAAUAUCGAGAGCUGGCUGAGAACAAUUAAAAAAUGUGCUGAGAACAAUCGAUUUAAAUUUAGAUUGAAUUCCCAAAAGAAAGGGGAAACGUUGCAGCGGAUAAAUAUUAAAAAACUUGAAGUAAUAAGUUUUACUGAAAAAAGCACGUGAUGAGUUAUAUACUUUUACGUUUUAAAGUAGUAGGAAACAAUUUAUUAAGAUUUUGAGAAAUUUUGUUUGAGCUGCUAUAACAAUUAUGCUAAACUCAACCGAAACCUUUCAUCAGCCAUUGACAGUUGUAGUUCCCUUAUUAACUUCGUGUGUUAUUGCUGUUAUCUUAAACAUAAUAGUAUGUUGUCUCAUUUUAAAAGUACGUUCUCUGAAAACAGCGACUAAUAUUUUUAUACUAAGCUUGUGUCUAUGCAACAUUGUGAUUGCUGGCAUAUUACUUCCAACUCAUUGUUUUUUCCGUGGUUCACUUUUUUAUAACUAUCUACUUUCGGUUACAAUUCUUGCGUACAUAUGUAAUUUGACAGCUGUCACAUCGGAGAGAUUAUUUUCAAUAACUUAUCCUCUUAAAUAUAUGAUGAUAAUUACAAAAAAAAAGACCACAAUAAUUGCUGUUUCAGCAUGGACUGUUUCAUUAGUUUACGCGUUGCUACCGUUAGUUUGGAAUAGUGAUAUUAAUAUGGUUUACCAUAAGGUAUACGUAAUUUUUACUUUAGUUGUGUUUUUAAUUGCACCUUUAAUUUUUGUGUGUACCACAUACAUCAAAGUAUGCCUUGAAAUUAAAAAAAUGCUUGAUUAUAACAAAGAAUGUAUUGGAUCAAACAUCCUUCAAUUUUCAUCUUCGGUAGAAAAUAUAGCUUCAGAGAUGACCUGCGUUCCAGAAAUUGAAAAUGAAAUUGUUUUAUCUAAAAAUCUUCUCAAACCAAGUGAUUCUAGCGUAAGCGCUGUUAAAACAAGUGAUAGUUCUGCAAACAACUGCAAGAAGGAAAUUGACAUAAGAUCUUCGCUUUUUAAACAACUCAAAUCAAAAAUGUCAGAGUUAAAGUCGGCCACAGCGUUUGGAAUUGUUGCUCUAACAUAUAUGAUGAAUUGGAUUCCUGUUAUAAUACUUACGACUUUAGAAGCUAUAGGCAGGUUAGACCUGAUUCCGAUUGGACUGGAAGAAUUUUCAAUUUUCAUAAUGGCUAUUAGCACACUGGUUGAUCCUUUUAUUUAUGCUUUGUUUCUUAAAAAUUUUCGUAAAAAAAUUAAACUAAUCAUCAGAAGAUUUAAGGCAGAAAACAGAAAUUUGUUAUGUUUCACAUAAACCAAAAAUCAAAUUAAAUUUAUAAUAAUAAAGUAUAUAGCAAUAUCCAAAAUAAAAAGUAUAAAGUAAAUCAAGAAUAAGUUUUUAUAAGUAUUUUUAUUUCGCAAUAUUU